AUGAAGGAGCUAUUCAGUCUCAACGAAGAUGUGCUGCUGCUUAUUAUCGACUGUCUCUUGGACAAGGAUGUUUGGUUGGUGGCUCUUAUUGUUAAAUACGCCUACCAACUCGCAAUCCGUCGUUUCUUCUCCACCAUGAAGGCCAGAAUUUCCGGUGACUCCGCGUUGCAGGCAAUGGAACAAGCCCUCCUUGCGAUCCCGCUCUUAUUCCACGUCCCACGAGUGUCAUACCUGCGCCGCCUCUCUAUCUCAUGCGGUAGCGCUAGUUACCGAUCCUUUUCCACCGUCUUUAUCAACUUCCUCCCUCUCCUCGUCAAUCUAGAGCGAUUUGAAGUAAACUUCGACAUGGAACAUUUUUUCGCAGUCUGCCCGCAGGUCGCACAAGCUCUGAACAGUCUCACAGGUCUGCGCACACUCGGGAUCAUUGGCGUCGGCAAGCGGGUUCUUCGCUGGUUGGAUUCAUAUGCCGGCGUUGCGUCUGUCGAAUACAUGGGUCUCUCCUUUAGAACUGGUUCAUGGACAGAAACAACAGACAUUGCUGCCACGGCAAUGCCAGCGAUUCCCCCUCCCCCUCCGUUGGCGACAAUAUUAGGCCGCUUCCGCUUUCUGCGCUCCCUCCGCCUUUCCAUUAAAGAUGUUGUUGGGGGAUUCGUCUCUGAAAACCGUUCCCGAUCUCUGGCGAUCCCGGCCGAGGAAACGAUACCAGCGCUACGCACUAUUUACAUCGCAUUCGACAUCGGAUCCAUCUCCGCGCUCGACCUCAUUCCGCACUGCCCCAACCUCUCCAGGCUCACGUACAUUGUGACUGGAUGCCCACCUCUCUCCCAACCCACCCGGGCGCCAUGGCCCCUCAUCAAGGAGCUGCACUUGAGCAUGUUCCGGAGAAGAUGCUUCGCGACGCUGCAGCCCAUGCCGCCCAUCGGCCGUGUCCACCGCCUCCGGAUCGACCACUGUUUGUUCGACUACGACCUGGACCAUUUGCAGCGAUUCUUGGCGCUCCUACGCACCACCCAACCGUCCGUGAUCAACGCUUCCGGUGCACCCCGGGGGUGGACGUCAGCCCCUCUUGCCAUCGAUGUUAAGUGGAUGACAGCAAUCCAGUCGGCCUGUCAGGUCUGUCUACGCUCGCUAGAUCUCACCAUCACGCCAACAGCCGUUUUCCAGCCGACCGAGAUCGUCGGCUCGCUCACAGGCCUCCGUCUCAUCCAUCUCGGCGCGACGUUGGCGGACCGUUCUUCGCUGGGCCCGGGCAAGCUCGAGCUCCGUGUCGAGGAAGCGCGCGUCCGAGCCGCCCGCGCGCUGCCCUUGCUCCUCGUGGACGCGCUCCCCACGCUCCGGGUGCUCCGGGUGGGCGGGAUGGUGCCCAUGCUCGACGCGUUGGCCGCAGAAGAUGCGGACCUGCAUGCCCGAGUUCGUGCGGGAGCGCUUGGUUCACUCUUUCCGACCAAUUUCGAGGAGCAGUUCGAGGCUCGGCGGAACCUGCGGGAGCUCGCUGCGGUCCCGAUGCGGGACACGCGGUGGUGGAUGGUGGAGCAUGACGGAGAGAAGAGAAGGAUGGUGGAAGUUUAUUCAGACGUGGCUGAGCGGGCGAGGGCGGUCGUGGAGAGCGAAGAGUUUGAUCCUGGGAGUGUCAGCUGGGAUGUGUUCUUCGCACCGAGAUACGUUUAUCAGCCAUAA